AUGUCAUCAGCAAACCCAUCCGCUGCCGCCAGCCAUGAUGAGCCCAUUGUGCGCCAUAUGGGGGGCUCGUUGUUCGAGGUCACACUGUCAAGGCAAAACCGCCACGAAUUGUUUUCCGAGGCUAUAGAGCAGCUAAGCGGUAACCAAGAAGAGGCAGAGAUCAUUAUGAGUAACCUGCAAUCCUGGUCGCCGAAUCUUGCAGAGUCUUUCCACAUCCGGACUCCAAGUCUCAUACUCGAUACUCCUUUUCGCUUAAUUUGCGAAAGCGAUCUUGGUCACGUCCCGUUCGACAGCGAACGCGUCUUCAGACAAUACAUCGCAAUCAGCUACUGUUGGAGACACAAGGACUAUGCCUGGCCACCGGACGGUUCACGGCCACAUGAGCCCUGGCCAUUCAGUAAGUCCUUUGUAGAAGCUAUACUUACCCAGCGUGGCGUUAUCACGGACGAGCCUGGCGCGCGCAACAUCAACUACAGAAGAGAGGGGAUCUGGGUCGAUCAGAUGUGUAUCAAUCAGGAUGACGAAACUGAAAAUCAACAAUUCAUCGCCAUGAUGGAUACCAUCUAUAAGCGCUGUCGGAAACUACUCAUUCUGCUCGAGGACGUGACACUCACUCCUGACGAGACCAGAGUACUGGCGAAAUGUGAUUUCCAUAUGCUCAAGGACACGGUUUCCUGGACGCCUGAAGAAGGAGAUGUGCCAUACCUGGCGGCAGUUUGUGACAAGAUUGAAAGCUCCCGUUGGUGGUCAAGGUCAUGGUGCUGGCAUGAACUUGAGAUCAACGAGCAGUGGAGCGUCUUACGGCACCAUAUUGCACACGCAGCUCUCUUCAUUGCCAACACAUCCACUGGCGGCACAUUCAGUGUCAAAUACCUCACGCUGAUGUUGUUACGGUCCACUCCUGCAGUCCAGGCGGUUGCCACCGGUCCUGAUCGCCAAAGGACAGGUAUGGAACGUCUUCGGAGGGACCUUCGGUGGACAAUACUAGACAACAAAACCUCACCUUAUACCGACCCUGGAGCCCGAGGCUACGGAGCCGUGAGAUCAUCCUUCAUGGCGAGAUACUACGUCAUUUCCCUUUGCGAUAUCACCGUCCCAUCCGACCUCAUCUCGAUUGUGAUAAAUCUGAGCCGUCUGGCUGUCUACUUUACAGGCAGGUUGCACACUUCAGACGAGGUGUUCUUCGUCGCCGCUGCUCUUUCCCUAGCAGCUGGCGAGAAAAGCCCUCUAUACCUGAUGAAACAGAGGAUACUUCGCAUCAACGGUCGCGACUCAUGGCUUUCCAGGCCCCUUUCCGACUACGACACGAAUAUUCCGAAAUUUGCGCUGGGGAGCAUCGAAAACAUUCACGAGAUAAAGGCAGAGUACAUCAAGCUCGACCUGUUCUUCUUCGAGACCCCCAUCGAAACGAUGACAACCGAAGAUGUAGCAGCCACCUAUCACAUCCUCCCAGAAACGCCCAUCCGCACCCGGCCGCCACAGUACAGGAUCCAGGUCCGGCCGGAGGAGUCUACCUACGGGGACGAGCUCCUCGACAGGCCCAGGCGGCUAUUCCUCGCCGCGGCUUGCAAGAACGGACUCGCGUAUGUCUGCCGCCUAUUGGGGGCGCUGGAAAGGGACGUGGUGCAGCCGUCGCUGAACCAGAGACUCUUCGAGCCCUUCACGGCAGACGAGUCCCUCCGCCCAGCCGCGCAACGCUUGUGCGACUCGCUCAUCCCCGACUCCCCGUCUCGCGAGAGCGAGAGUGCAGAAGAAACUCUGCUCCUAUUCCUCACGUUCCUCACCGACAGCAGGCCCAUGGCCAGACUGGUCAUCUCGGCGCUGUCCACGCGCAUCCGGUGCAAUUUCAGGGGAGACUUCGCUGUCGUGAGUGGACGCAUACUGCGGGACGACAUACCCGGCCUAGACGCGACAAAAUGGCGACUUGCUGUUCCCCGAGACGUGGCCGACUCGCCAUGCGCCGUUUCGCGUGUCUGGAUCCUACAGCCCCUGGAGGACUCUGACACGUUUCGAAACGACGCUGGGUUAUGGGAGAGCACAGGUGGGAGAUGGAGGCUUGUGGGGAAGGCGCUUCUGCUCGGCGAACCCCAGCUUGUUGCUGGUGAGAACGCUGAGUCGAAAAGAGUACUUACUUUGAGAACGCGGCAGGUUGUGACGGGGUAA